AUGUAUAUAUGUACCUGGUGUGACUUGAAAAGUUCAUUUGAAUCUACCGCACAUGGAAGCAAGAUCAUUGUCACAACACGCAGUGCUAAAGUUGCAUCCGAUUUGGGUACUCUCCCCAAGCAUGAUUUGCAAAUAAUUCCAGAGGAAGAUUGUUGGAAAUUGUUUAAAAAGCAUGCCUUUGGUAAUGUAGAGCCCAGUGUUGAUCUAGAUUUGGAAGUAAUUGGUAGACAAAUUGUCCAAAAAUGCAAUGGUCUUCCCUUAGCGGUCAAAUCACUUGGUAGCCUUUUGCACUCUGUACAAGAUCUCAAAGAUUGGAAAAAUGUACUAAAUAACGAUAUAUGGAAUUUGCGUGAGGACAAUAUUCUUCCAGCAUUAUGGCUGAGCUACUAUUAUUUACCUCCUUAUUUGAAGCGAUUCUUUGCUUACUGCUCCAUUUUCCCAAAAGAUUAUCGAACUGAUAAGAAAUAUUUGAUUUUGCAGUGGAUGGCACAAGAUCUCUUGCAACCCCACAAAACAAAAACACUAGAAGAGGUUGGAGAAGAAUAUAUUGAAGAUCUUGUGUCUAGAUCAUUUUUCAAAUAUUGGAGAGGAGAUGAAGAUACAAUUACUAUGCAUGAUCUUGUGAAUGAUUUGGCAAUGUUUGCAUCGGGAGAAUGUUGUUUGAGGUUAAGAGAUAAGUCCUCGGAUGCUCUUAUAAGGAAUGCUAUGCCAUUGAUGAAAAGAUAUUAA